AUGUUGAACUGGAGCACCCCCGUUACUGUUACGAAACACGAUGUGAAGCAAACUGAUGUGGCACUGCUGUUUGAGAAAAGGAUGGUUGUUCUUCAAAUCUUGCACCCUCGGAAUUGGGAGGUUGAAUACUGGAAGUCCAAUUGUGAGGGUGAAGUUCCCACGGUGGAUAUGGGCUCAGAUGAGAUGGAAGAAACAGAAGCUGGAACACAAGAUUCCACUCAAUUCGAGACCCAAGCAAACCCGGUGGCGGAAUAUGUUCAAACUGCAAAAAUCAUUCCACCAUCACCACCAAAAGAACAAACAGAGCCGUCCACAUCAGGCACUGUGCCUCCAACCUCAACUCCUGCAGCCAAUGACGCCGACUACCUUGGGUUGGCGAAGAGAUUGGAGAAGGUCGAAGCUCAACAAAUAGCAAUUAUGGCUGCACAGAAUGAGAUGAAGACUACGUUUGAGAGUAGUCAGACUGAGAUGAAGAAGCUUAUCAUGGAUCAACUUGCGACCGUGAUAAGUUUGUUACAGAAGCAACCAUCACAGCCAGCAGAGGAUGAACGUCGUCAGUAUAAUUCUGGUUCUGAAGACGAUGUGUACCCUGAAGAUUGGGAACCCAACGUAGAUGAGGUUCCUUCUACUCCAACGGAUGCCAUUAUUAUGGCCAUCGGAGAUACGCAGUCUCAGGAUGUGCAACAGUUGUAUGGGCCACCGGCUGGAGUGGAAUUUGUGAGGAGGGCAAAAUGGAAGCCAGUGUAUUUGAAGGACUACACAGCGGGGAAGAAGAAACAACGAACUGGUCCUGUUGAGGUUGAUACUUUGAGGCCAACAGACCCACGACUCUACAAAUUUUUCAAAAGGUGGAUUACUUACUCGAGGGACAACCGCCGUCCUAGAGAAGUGCACAUUGGCAUUGCCGAUCGGAGUUGGUUCGUGAAAUUGAUGGUGGAGCACGAAUGGAUCGACGAUUCUCAAAUUGAUGCCAUAUUCCACUUGUUGAGAAGAAGGAGGAAGCUCUUCCCUGAGGUGUACACUACGAAUUGUGUGGUUCUGGACACAUCUGCUCCACAAAUAUUUUCAAUGUACUGGAAUUGUCAUGAUGGCGACAGAAGCACAUUUAUCUGGGAUGAGUCAGUUAUUGAUUAUGUGAGGGGGAUGGAGCAUCGACACUUGCCUUGUUGGGAGAACCAGGAGUACAUCUACUUCACAUUGAACCUUCCUGCUGAGAAGCAUUGGGUGGCUGUUGAGGUAGAUAUUGAGAAUUGGCAAAUUGUUGUAUAUGACUGUGAUAUCGGCGCCACGACUGAGGAAAAUAUAAAGUCAUAUUUGAAGCCUUAUACCGAGAUAUUUGCAUCCUUAUUGCGGGCUUCUGGUUAUUUUAAGACCAACAGUUAUGUAUUUCCGGUUGAAACAGGUGAUCUCAGCCAGCUCCCACCAAUGCAUUAUAAACGAGCUACUCCGGAAGUUGUACCGCAACCGGAAAGCAGUGGCGAUUGUGGAAUAUAUGCCAUUGAAUACGUGGAGCACCGAAUGUUGGAUCGGUCGUUUGAGAAAGUUAACAAUGAUAACAUGCUCACCUUUAGACAUAGGUGGUGUGUUGACUUAUUUUACCAGAAUGUAUAA